AUGGCGUUUUCUACAUUCGUGCCUUGUAAAAGAAAUGGAGUUUUCACCGCACCUGAAGACGCUGACGCAACGGGAUUUUCAGGAUCCCUCGCCUCCACGCACCGCCGAACAGAUGUACCUUCGGUACAGCCCGAUGGUCGGCUUGAAAACCGGCGUUCUGUUGCUCGCCUUGUUGACGGCCAUCUUGUCGAAGAUAGUGUGCCGGUGGGCGUGGAAGCGGCUGAGGCGAAGGCUACACCUGAAACGGCAAGUGACCAGUUCUGGCGCCCGAACCUGCCGCUGCUGCUGUUGCCGCUGCCGCUGCCGCUGCCGCUGCCGUUGCUACUGGUGCUGCCUGUCCCCCUGUCGUGGCAGUCAGUCAUCAAAACGGAGACGCUGAAACAGUUUCCGACCGACCGCGUCCAGCCCGUAGUCAUGGCGCAAGAUAUGCUGCCGACCUCCUGUUCUUUGAUGCCCUCCGUGAAGAUGAACCCUCACACGGAAGACAGCGUGUUUAUCGAACGUGGUCAGCAACAAGAACCGAUCGCUAUCAUAUGCAAAAGCAUCGACUACUCAAAGGAUAAGACUUAA